GGGGAACUCAAGGCCUGCUGGAUACGUCCGCCAUCUUGGGCGCUUUGCUGAUGGUGUCGGUGAGCGCGUUUCCCGCCUGAGUGCAACUAGCGGCGGGUCGCGGGCACCUCCAGGCAGCGCUCCCUGUGGCCCUGCAGCCUGCUGAUGCGGUGACCGGGAAGGACUUGCCACGAUAGCCUGUAAUGGGCAAGGAGCCACAGAGAAGAAGACGUUUCUUUUAGUUUUAAACUUGGUUUGAAAGACCAGCAUGUUUUGGAAGUUUGAUCUUCACUCAUCAUCCCACAUAGACACCCUUCUAGAAAGAGAAGAUGUGACACUGAAGGAGUUAAUGGAUGAGGAAGAUGUUUUGCAGGAAUGUAAAGCCCAGAACCGCAAACUUAUCGAGUUUCUGUUAAAAGCAGAAUGCCUCGAAGAUUUAGUCUCGUUCAUUAUAGAAGAACCACCUCAAGACAUGGACGAGAAGAUCAGAUACAAGUACCCUAACAUAUCCUGCGAGCUGCUGACCUCGGACGUGUCCCAGAUGAACGACAGGCUGGGCGGGGACGAGGCCCUGCUCAUGAGGCUGUACAGCUUCCUCCUGCACGACUCCCCCCUCAACCCACUGCUCGCCAGCUUCUUCAGCAAGGUGCUAAGUAUCCUCAUCAGCAGGAAGCCAGAGCAGAUUGUGGAUUUCUUGAAGAAGAAGCGGGAUUUCGUAGACCUCAUCAUCAAGCACAUAGGGACGUCGGCGAUCAUGGACCUGCUGCUCCGGCUGCUGACGUGCAUCGAGCCCCCGCAGCCCAGGCAGGACGUGCUGAACUGGCUAAAUGAGGAGCAGAUCAUCCAGAGGCUGGUAGAAAUAGUUCACCCGUCGCAGGAAGAAGAUCGGCACUCAAAUGCAUCACAGUCACUUUGUGAAAUUGUUCGCCUGAGCAGAGACCAGAUGUUGCAAAUUCAGAACAGCCCGGAACCAGACCCCCUGCUUGCCACGCUAGAAAAGCAAGAAAUUAUAGAGCAGCUUCUAGCCAAUAUCUUCCACAAGGAGAAGAACGAGUCGGCCAUCGUCAGUGCCAUCCAGAUCCUGCUGACCCUGCUGGAGACCCGGCGGCCCGCAUUUGAAGGCCACAUAGAGAUCUGCCCGCCAGGCAUGAGUCACUCGGCUUGUUCGGUCAACAAGAGCGUUCUAGAAGCCAUCCGAGGAAGACUUGAAUCUUUCCACGAGCUCCUCCUUGAGCCACCGAAGAAAAGCGUGAUGAAGACCACGUGGGGUGUGCUCGACCCUCCCGUGGGGAACACGCGCUUGAAUGUGAUCAGGCUCAUCUCCAGCCUCCUUCAGACAAACACCAGCAGCAUCAACGGGGACCUGAUGGAGCUGAACAGCAUUGGGGUCAUCUUGGACAUGUUCUUCAAAUACACGUGGAAUAACUUCCUGCACACACAAGUGGAGAUCUGUGUCGCUCUGAUCCUUGCGAGCCCCUUGGAAAACACGGAAACUGGCACCAUCACCGAUCAGGACUCCGCCGGCGACAAUGUGUUACUGAAACAUCUCUUUCAAAAGUGUCAGUUAAUAGAACGUAUACUUGAAGCCUGGGAAAUGAACGAGAAGAAGCAGGCCGAGGGCGGCCGGCGGCACGGCUACAUGGGGCACCUGACGAGGAUAGCGAACUGCAUCGUGCACAGCACUGACAAGGGCCCCAACAGCGCGCUGGUGCAGCAGCUCAUCAAAGAGCUCCCGGACGGCGUCAGGGAGCGGUGGGAGACGUUCUGUGCGAGCUCCCUGGGGGAGACCAACAAGAGGAACACGGUGGAUCUAGUCACAGCCUGCCACAUUCAUUCAUCCAGUGAUGAUGAGAUUGACUUUAAGGAAACGGGUUUCUCGCAGGAUUCCUCUCUGCAGCAAGCCUUUUCUGAUUAUCAGAUGCAACAAAUGACGUCCAAUUUUAUUGACCAGUUCGGCUUCAACGAUGAGAAGUUUGCAGAUCAAGAUGACAUUGGCAAUGUUUCUUUUGAUCGCGUUUCAGACAUCAACUUCACUCUGAACACAAACGAGAGCGGGAACAUCGCCCUGUUCGAGGCCUGCUGCAAGGAGCGGAUACAGCAGUUUGACGACGGAGGCUCCGACGAGGAGGACAUCUGGGAGGAGAAGCACAUCACCUUCACGCCCGAGUCCCAGCGACGGUCCAGCUCCGGGAGCACCGACAGCGAGGAGAGCACAGACUCGGAGGAGGAGGACGGCGCCAAGCCCGACCUGUUCGAGCCCAGCAGCGCCAGCACGGAGGACAAGAUGGAAGUGGACUUGAACGAGCCUCCCAGCUGGUCGGCCAACUUUGACGUCCCCAUGGAGACCACGCACAGUGCUCCCCUGGACUCCGUGGGGUCUGACGUCUGGAGCACGGAGGAGCCCGUGCCCACCAAGGAGACGGGCUGGGCUUCGUUCUCGGAGUUCACGUCUUCCCUGAGUACGAAAGACUCUUUACGGAGCAAUUCUCCCGUGGACAUGGAGACCAGCGCGGAGCCCGUGGGCCCCCUGACUCCCGGCGGCACUGCGCUGGCGGCCCAGCCGGAAGCUGCAGGCAGCGUGGCCAUGGAAGCCAGCUCCGACGGGGAGGAGGACGCGGAGGCUGCAGACAAGGUAACUGAGACAGUGAUGAAUGGCGGCGUGAAGGAAACCCUCAGCCUCACUGUCGAUGCCAGGACAGAAACUGCCGUCUUCAGAAGAGUGUUGAAAUCCUACCGCGAGGACGGGAAACUGUCUACCUCUCAAGAUGCUGCUUGCACCGCCGCGGAGGAGAGCCCCGCCGCGCCCGAGGCCAAGUCCGCGGCCCCCCGGCCCCCCAGCAGUGCCGAGCAGAGGCCCGAGCAGCCCAGCCUGCCCGGCGACUCGUCGGUGAACGGCCCGGUAUGAUGUGCGCCCGCCACCGCUCGCCGAGGACUCAGACUGCCAUCGGCAGGGCCCCGGGGCCUCGGCCGCCCCGCGCCCUCCCUGCACGGAUCAGGACCAGCAACUUCCUCUCCCGGAGUCUCGGACAUUGUACAGAGAGCAGCCGUGUACAGACACUGCACACUGACGACCGCCAAGACCGUCCGCUCUGGGGACGGGCAGCCUGUGGACGGAGACCUCGCCCGCCCAGAGCCGCCGCGGGCUCGCCCGGAAACGGGCACACACAGAGCGAUUGGAUCUGGACCCGACAGAUAUUAGUCUGACCAAAGUAUUAGGCAGUUGCAUCCAUUUCUCUCACCGUGUACAAUUCGGAAUCCAUUUUCCUCCCAGGCUGGCGAGGAGUGGCAGGAUUCAGACGCCCCAAGUGUUACUUUGGUUGUUCUGACUUACAAAAGUGAUUUUGAAUAAGGAAUAUUUGGUGUUCUUUUUAUAACCAGUUUUUGAUUGGUAACUGUUUUCUGUAUCGUUUAAAACGGAUCAAAAACGUAAGUCUAUUGGUAGAGAUUAAGUAUUUAUUGCUACAGCUUAGCUGAUAAAUUGAUGUUCCUGUAAAGCCAUAUGUUCUGUUCCCGUCCUGUUUGCCGGACACGCGUGUUCCUGCAGGCGAGACCCCGGGCUCCCGAGCGGCCCUGGCUUGUGGUUUGGGUUUUUCUUCUGUUCCGUGUUUCGUUUCGUUUCGGUAGUUCACCUGCCUUCUAGCCCCUUCACCAAAACCCGGCGUCACCAGCCAGCGUGGCGGAGCGGUCGGCGCGGCUGAGGCGGGACGCGCUCGGGCUGCCUCGGGCCGGACACCAGGUCCCCGCCCCGCGCUCGCCGUCACUGGACCCGCGAGAUUCCUCUCGCAAACGCGAAGCCAGUGUAUUUUUUAGAACUGGUUUGUGUAUAUAUAUAGUGAUUAUGGAUACUAAUUCAAUGUAAUUUAUAAUUUUCUAUGUCAAUAUAAAAUACAUCCCAGCCUUCUCCAGCAGCUGAAGCAAUACAUCGUCGAUCGCCCUGUCGUCCGGUGAAAGGGUUCAAUGACCUCACCUCUUGCACUUUUAGAUGCAAAUCAGUUUUUCAUUUCUGUAAUAGAAAAUCAUUCACGUAUUUUUACAGCAUUUGUUUUUCCUGACCAGUAUUUAAAACCAAAAGGAUAUUCUGAAAAACGGCCAACGAUUUUUUUAGAAAUAGCAUCCCAAGCAGCGUGCCUACACAUACAUUGCAUAUGGAAAUAAAGAAAAGCAAAUGUC